AUGGGUGAACUGUAUUAUGGAAAAUAUGAGGAUAACGAACUAUGUAUAAUGCUACUAUCCAUAUGUAGCAUGAUUCAGCCUUUUUCUGUAGUUCAUGAGAGGCUGCUUCGAACGAGUGAUGACUUCGCCUGGCCUGUUGACUCUAACUUUCAUGGUCGAUUCGUCGUUGAUGUAGAGUUUCUGGACCUGAAGAUCUACCCUCUAAACGGUGGAGAAGGCAGUUCAAUAUGGCCGAGUGAUGGUAUGAUGCAAUAUCUAGCAACUCAAAGCACUCUCAGAUGCCUCUCUCGCAUGCUUAACGAGUCUAUUCAUGCUGAUGUCGCCAUUAACACGGCUGAUGGAACGCUACGAGCCCACAAGGCAAUUCUUUCUGCAAGCUCUCCGGUGUUCGACAGCAUGUUCUUGCACGACCUCAAGGAGAAAGAAUCCUCAACAAUCAAUAUAGAAGAUAUGUCAACAGAGUCAUGCGCGGCCCUUCUCAGUUCCUUGUAUGGAACUAUAAGCCAAGAAAGUUUCUGGAAGCACCGAUUGGCAUUGCUGGGUGCGGCAAACAAGUACGACAUUGUAGAGUUGAAGGAUGCUUGUGAGGAAAGUCUACUAGAAGAUAUCAACUCGGGAAAUGUCCUUGAGAGGUUACAUGAGGCUUGGCUUUACCAGCUCAACAAACUGAAACAAGGAUGCUUGAUGUACUUGUUUGAUUUUGGGAAGAUUUAUGAUGUUCGAGAUGAAAUUUGUGAUUUCUUCAGGCAGGCAGACAGAGAACUAAUGGUUGAGAUGUUUCACGAAGUGCUCACAGUGUGGAAACCAGCGUAAGUAAAUCAAACCUAUGGUUUUCUUCGGUAAAUCCUAUUCUAUGUUAUAGAUAAAUAUGUAGUACUGGUGUAAGAGUUGUAUCAAAAUGUACAGUGUUAUUGGGCAUGCGCCUGACAUAAUAUGAAAACUCGGGUUGUGUAAAAGAAUAUUUGCUUUGAAUUGAGCUUGUUAAAUGAAGUGCCAUUUAAAUUGCUCUU